CAAAGACGACCACACCAACGACCUCAACAACAACAACCGAGACCACCACAACACCCACGACUAGUACACCCACUACCACAACUACCGAAGCAACAAUACUACCACCACAAUCAAGAGCAACAGCAAUGAAAAGACCCACAAGCACAGAUGCUGUGACAAGCCCUAAUGUACCAGUUGCCCCGAGCUCAUUAGACCCUAUGUCAACAACAACACACGGAGGAACACAAGGGCCUGGCCCGACAUCCGAAGGAGACACUGGGGGCUCCGACUCUUCUAGCACUGUCGUUAUCCUGGUCGUUGUUCUGUUGGCUCUCUUCGUCGUUGCGUUGAUUCUGGGUAUUUUUAUUUUCAGGAGGCGGAAAGACUUAAAAGAAACCAAAUUUGGUGGCAUCCGAUCUAUGUUGUCCUCCUGGUUUCGUCACGUGACUUGUCGGGGACGUCGAUCCAGUGAAGGCGACAUCUACGAUAACGACCUGACAUUUCCGCGUUUACCAGAAGAGCCCGUAUCUAACACCAGGCUCAGUAUCAUCCCACGCGCUAACUUCGUCUGUUUAGGUGAAUCACAGCCACCACAACAGGAUACCUAUUCCACUGACAACGCGCUCGACAACAGGCGUUCUGGCGUUUUUCAUGACUCUGAGGAGGUCUAUGACGACGCGCUAAUCUACAACCCUUACGACAUCGUCUACGACAAUGUAAUACGCGAUGAAGGGGUAAACUCGGUCACAGGCGACACGAAAUCCAGGAAGCCCAGCAAAUUAUCCGGAGACUCGUCUUCACCAGCGAAAUCUCUUCCUUCUCCUGAGAAAAUUAUUGAAGAAAAAGAUCAACAGAAUAGUAACCCAACUGCUUCUCCUGUGAUCUAUGAGAAAAAACAGUUACGUCCGACGUCGGGAACGGCUGCCGACAGUUGUCAUGACGAGACAGGCGUUACUGUUAAACCUGGAGACGGCGAAGAGCGUCUAACCAUAAAAAAUGAUCUAUAUCAAUUUCAUCAGGAAAUGCUGGACGAAGAGCUGACCAGGAUUCGGAUGGACAAGAGUCGAAAGUUUCACAGUUCCCCUGCCGACCAUUCGCCCAAACCGCAGCGAGAGCCUGAUACGAACAGCUCCACCAUAUUGAGGCAACCCAAAGACGUGGAAAGUGGGACUGCUUUAGGGAGCAGACACCCCAAAGACACCCAGCCUGAAACCGCACCAGUACGGGGAAGAGAGACGACAGAGCAUAGGGUUCAAGACUCUUCCAAAACUUCGUCUAUAGACAACGCAAAUGACCCUUCUAAACAUGAACAUUCGAUAAAAAUACGGAAGAAGAAGCGACAACCGAAAGACAACUCCAGUCAUGACUCCCACACACAGUCUGUAAAACCCAACAAAAGCUCAAAACAACAACCUCAUCACCAGGAGCAAGCUCAUCUCAGUCAGGAAGAGCAGCAGUUUUUCCAUGAAUUGGGCAUCUCUACUGAUGCAACAGAACAACCGGAAUCAAUGAGCUUACGAGACAAAAAAGAGUCCAGUAACCAUUCUUUCGAAUCGAAAGCACCAACGUCGAAAAAGGAGAUAGACUCGCAGGCAAAAAGUGUUCAUGUCGAAGAGCCACGACUAACAAAAUCAACGAACUCGAUAAAAGACGGGCACACCGAAAGUAGUCCUGUGGCCCGAAAAUUGUUACAUGGAACAAAAAGAGAAUCAGAUUCACGUCCGAAAAAAGGAGCUUCGCAUUCUGCUCCAGCAAAGAGCGACAACAAGACAGGGAAGAAACCAGCUAAGCCUGAAUUAGUCUCCAAUAUCAUACAAAUGUCUUUGGAUGGUAUCAAAGAGAAAAGAAGGGCUGAAAGCCCGAAUGUUAACUCCGAAAUUUCAGACGACAAAGCAGAGGCAAUAGGGAAUGAAUCAAGUAACUUUUAAGUAUGAGGAUGUCUCAAAAGGGCUCAGCACUAUCUACCC